AUGGACCAGAGGAAGCAAAAAACAGAACAAGGGUUGAACUAUGUCACUUUACAGGUCAGAAUAAACAGUGAGACAUCUGUCUCACGUAACACAAAGCAGAAGACCAAGAACAGUCUGGCACCCUUUACUAACCUCCACAAGAAGCACCUCAGCAAGAGUCUGAAGGAGGAGAAAAGGGCCUUACAAGAAGAGAUCAAGGUCUUCUGGGAGGAGAACAAAGAUUUCCAUGAAGAAAUCAAGGCCUUUCAAGAGGGGAACAAAGCCAAGGCCGUGAAAUUGGAGAUUAAGGCCUUCCGAGAAAAGAACAAGAACUUCAUGGAAGAGAUCAAGGCAUUUCUGAAGGACAACAAGGCCUUCCAACUGAAAAAGAAAGCUUUCCAGGAACAGCUUAGCACCAGUCAAGAAAAGAUUGAAGCCUUCCAGGAGAAGAUCAAGAUCUCUGAGGAGGAGAUUGCGGCCUUUGAGGAAAGGAAUGAGGCUUUUCAGGAAACAAUCAGGGUCUUCCAGAGAAAAAAUAAGGGCUUCCAAGAAAAAAAUAAGGCCCUGCGCGAGAAAAACAAAGCCUUGCAGGAAAAGAAUGAAGCUGCCCAGGAGAAGAACAAUACUUUCUGGAAGGAAUAUAAAGUUUUCUGGAAGGACGACAAGAUCUUCUGGGAGGAGGAUAUGGCCAUCUCAAGGGAUAAAAUGGCCGUCUGGGAAGAGUACAUGGUUUUCAGGGAGAAUGCUCAGGACCUACAAGAGGAAAAAGGAGCUCUUUGGGACAUGGUAGAAGUCCUGUGGGAUGAGAAAUAUGCCCUGUGGAAGAAGGUAUACUGCCCAGCAGGAGAACAACAACUAGCUGAAGAUACAGAGAACAAUGCUGAUGGUGAUCAUGGCCCAGCUGUACAUACUAUGACAAAUGCACCAAGGCAGGUCUAG